AUGGGUGUUAUCAUUGGUUUGGGUAAAUUCCUUGGCGAAGCUCUCAUUGGCUACGCUAUUGGCAAGGCUCUCGACUUAUCCUACGACAAGGUACUCCAAGAGUUCUCUCCGGAUGCCAAGGGUGCACUAUUCAGGAACGAAGAUAACUCUUACCGAGUGCAUGAUCACUUUAGAAUCUGUCUAGUCACGACAGCCUCUAGUUGGUUGAGAAGGGUCGGCGUCAAGAUCUACGUUCCCGACGACCAGUUCCCAGAGUACGUUUUAGAUGAGGUGACCGUUGGUGACAGAGAAGGUUUCAAAUACGAUCACGCAUUUGGCAACGUCAAGUGGGACUUUAUUGACCUCAAGGUGAAGAAUGGCUCGGUGAUCAAGGUCACUCUGUACAGAGACACACUGUCCAAUGGCUUUGUGGAUUGUGGCACACUCGAAGUUGACUCUCAAUACUCUGGCAAAUUCGCAGGUCAGUGCUUGAUGGUCUACUGGGACGACGACAAUGGCACACUCUUCACCAACAAGAACAUGGCAUACACCUCCACCAUCCUGAUCAAGAAUCUGAUGGGUGUUGAAACUCUGCCAGCUGAUAACACCAGGUCACUCAGUGCCGCCGUUCAAAGGAAGAAGACGCCCAAAGCAAAGUUGCUCGAGCCCAAGACACCAAAGGACGUCGCCAAAGACAGGUUUGGUGAUGGCACCCUUGAGAAGAACAUCCCUGCCAAUCGCUUCCAUCCCGUGGACAAGUCACCAUUUGUGGACAAGGAUGGUGAUGGCAAGCCAGACAAGACAGCCACUGGCAAGCCAGCUGCCAAGCCAAAGGACACUGACAAGGAUGGCAUCCCAGACAGCAAGGACAAGGACAAGGAUGGUGAUGGAAAGAUCGACAAGCCAGCCACAGCCAAGCCCAAGGCCAGUGCCAGGGCCUGA